UCACCCCCUUCACUGUCCGGACACUCUUUCACGCCCUUCCUGCCCAGGCCAAUUUUCAGGUUUCAGCGCUAUCACACUUUGAAUGACAAUUGCGCAGUCAUGCAACACUGUACCCAUAUGAAUUUUUUAGCAUAUUUUUUGAGACAGAUAAAACUUUAUUUUGGUGAUAUUUAUUCACUACUGGGAUUUUUUAUCUUUUUAGUAAAAAAAAUAAAAAAAAUAACCCAAAUUAGUUUAUAACCAAAAAUUAUAAUUUAAAAAAAGAAAGUUACAUUUUUAUAAAUUAUUUUUUGUACAUACUGUCACCCUA